GUUGCAGUUCAUAUACUAUUAAGUAUAUUCAGCGAAGCGGAAUAGCCACAGGUUUGAACCUUGUGUACAGUAUACCUCGUCUUACAUGUUCCUUACUAGUGUCUUUCCUAUACUUGGUAUGUUAUGUUGUUCCCUAGCCACCUCGGGAUCAUCCCAAACGUCUUGAUCGUCGCCCACUCAACCGCCUUAUUUGUAUGCGCACCGAGUCUAGUGAUCGUGGAAGGAACAAGCCAUAUUUUGCGCGCAGUUUAUAAACAUCAGAAUCUGUUCAAGCUUGUAUCCUCCCGCUUCACCACACAACAUCAUCACGUCCAUCUUGCCACUCUCCACAGGAGCCUCCACACGUCAACCUUGGCAUCACCGACAUUCCAUCGGUUGAGCACUACCACUCGCACGACAUAAAGAACCACCUAGGACUCGGGCAUAGCAUAACAAUCAGACGGCAAGUCGGCCAAGGAGAGGUUUAGACAGAUAUGCAAAAAAAUGGGUUGGUUCGAGAACAAGGAGGGAGCGGAUCAACAAGCUACACCAUCUAGAAAGAAGCGGGCCCUCGAGGACGCCGAUGACAACAGGAUGGCCUCGAGCAAGAAAAUAAAGGUCGAAGGCGAGGACAGUGGCCAUGCCUAGUUCAUUGGAGAGAUUUACCUGCGAUUCUGUGGGUUUGAAUGCUUGGCUGGGUUGAUUCGUAUUGUGA